UUUGAUUAUUGAUUUUUUGAUUAAUUUCGCCCUCUCUUCUCUUAUCUCUCUCCUUUUUAUAUUGCAGACUCUGUUCGCUCUCUUCACUCUUCAAAAUCUCAAAAAAUCUAAGCUUUCUUCUUGUUCUCUCCUUUCUCUCUCGAAGUUUGUGUAAAGAUGAAGAUGGGUUCUUGCACGCUUAAAGUUUUCUUGAUGUUGGGUCUCUUGGCUGCCUCUUGCAUGGCUCAGGCACCUGGAGCUUCACCAACUCCGGCACCAAAAGCAGCGCCUACUCCAGCACCAAAAGCAGCGCCUACGCCGUCACCAACAUCUACGCCAACUCCAUCACCAACACCCGCAGCAACACCAUCUCCUUCUCCUUCGUCUCCAGCCCCUACCCCAUCUUCACCACAAGCUCCAUCUCCUUCAACAGUUUCUCCUCCAUCUGAGGGUCCAACUUCCCCUACCACCUCUCCCCCUUCACCAUCAACCCUUUCACCCACUUCUCCACAGACUCCUGCUCCUCAGCCUCCACCCAGUGACAACUUUGCUGCUGCUAAGGUUGAUAGAAUUAUCCUCGCCGGAACUGUUCUUGCUGGAACUUUCUUGGCCUUUACUUUGGCCUAGGAUGAAGGUUUGAACUUUCGUCAUCGGCGUAAUUUAGAUCUUUUGGAUUCAUGGAGCUGGGGUUGAGGAGAUCUGUUAUUCUCUUAUUUGCUGGUCGCCUAUUAGUGGUUUCUUUCUUUCUUUCUUUUCGAUACUUGUUUUUUGUUUUUUAAUGUUCUUUUUUAUUUUUUCUUCAUGUGAUUGUUGAUUAUUUUAUUUUGGAUUUUGGACGGUGAUUAUUUGGGCAUGAGGGAUGUGAUUACACGUGUACGAUCUGAUGAUGGGAUGGGAUGAUUAUUGUAGAAAUUGGGAUGGUGUACAUCUAAUAAAACAGUUUGCUAUUCUUUUAUAAA